AUGCGCAGUGAUCAACUAGGAAGCAGAGCAGAGCGGACUAUCUUGACGGAUUAUGUGGACAUAUCCGUGAAGGAAGCCGCUUCCGAAUCAUUUUCGGAGGACCAGAUACUCGUGGAAAAAAGGGAGUCUCUUAAAAAUGGACGACUGACAGCUUGAGGCAAAGUUGGUGUAAUUCAAUUAACAUUGAAUUGUAUGUAAAACUGAGCCAUAAUGAUGUCAGAAUGCGACCCAACAGAGACAGAGAGCAGCGAGCCCGUGCUGGACACCGGAGCAACAGCGGUGCCAGCUUCGGAGUGUGACUUUCACUCCUCAGACCCUCCGAAGGUAUUAUUUGAUAGGAAUGGGAUAGGUUUGGGACCUGUGACGAACCUUGGAGGUGCCGUUCGUAUUUCGGACUCAUGUGAAAGCGUCUUAACCGAACUGGAGACGGACGGGUCUGGCGAAGAGGCGCUGUUGUUACCGUGCUUGGCAGGAAGCUCGUCGUCUCCGCGGGGUGUGGGAGAGAAGCGCAGCAGGCGGAACAGACGCAGCUCAUCGUCGGAUAAAGACACCUUGGCCUCCCCAGGUGCCGGCAGUGGAGACUUCAACCAUUUCCCUGAUGAUCCUGAGUUUGCAGAUAUUAUCCAAAGGGCGGAACAAGCUAUUGAGAACGGCGUCUUUCCAGAAAGGAUCUCCCAGGGUUCUAGUGGGAGCUACUUUGUCAAAGACCCAAAAGGGCUUACUGUAAGCUGCCUACAAGGUGGGUCUACAUUGCUCUCAACCAGUCGAGCUGCUAAAAAGAGUGCAGAGAAGAAAGUCAUUGGUGUUUUCAAACCAAAGUCAGAGGAACCUUACGGUCACCUGAAUCCCAAAUGGACCAAAUAUUUUCACAAGCUGUGCUGUCCGUGUUGUUUCGGCCGCGGCUGCUUGUUGCCUAACCAGGGUUACCUCUCAGAGGCUGCUGCCUCACUGGUGGAUACCAAACUCGGCCUGGGAGUGGUGCCGAAAACAAAGGUGGUGUAUCUGGCCAGUGACACAUUCCACUACAGCGCCAUCGACAGAGCCAAAUCCAAGGGAAAGAAGUACGCCUUAGAGAAAGUGCCCAAGGUGGGACGACACUUCCACAGAGUGGGCCUGCCACCGAAGCUGGGCUCAUUUCAGCUGUUUGUGGAGGGUUACCGUGAAGCGGACUUCUGGCUGCGGCGAUUUGAGGCGGAACCUCUGCCAGAGAACAUCAGGAAGCAGCUACAGUCCCAGUUUGAGCGGCUGGUAGUGCUGGACUACGUUAUCAGAAACACAGAUCGAGGUAAUGACAACUGGUUGAUCAAGUAUGAGAAGCCAGGAGGUGAAGGAGACCGACAAAAGGAUGCAGAGUGGACAGAGAAAAGCUCCGCCUCCUGCGUCAAGAUUGCAGCGAUCGACAACGGCCUGGCCUUCCCCUUUAAACACCCGGACGAAUGGAGAGCCUACCCGUUCCACUGGGCAUGGCUCCCUCAGGCUAAGGUGGCCUUCUCCCUGGAGACCAGAGACCUGGUGCUGUCCCGCCUAUCCGACAUGAACUUUGUCCAGGACCUCUGUGAGGACCUCUAUGAGAUGUUCAAGACGGAUAAAGGCUUUGAUAAAACCAUGUUUGAGAGACAAAUGUCUGUAAUGAGAGGACAGGUGUUAAAUCUGACCCAGGCGCUGAAGGACGGGAAGAGCCCCAUCCAGCUGGUGCAGAUGCCCCGGGUGGUAGUGGAGCGCAGCCGCUCUGGCGGUCAUGGACGUGUGGUCACACUUGGUAACGCCUUCACACAAACCUUCCACUGCAAGCGCCCCUUUUUUACCUCUUGGUAGUCAGAGACGGGUGAGGGGGGGCAGUUGAGGAGAGACUUCUGCAACUUUUUGGAAGAAGACGUAGUUAUCGCACCGGAGACUGCUCAUAUUUCUUUGCCUAGAGAAGAAAUUUGGACACGGCAGAAGUAAGAAAGAAAGUAUGAGGAAGAAACUUGUCUUCGCUCCAUUCCACAUGUUGUGAAGAGAGCGCAGAUAAGCAUGGGAGCUUGUGAGAUUGGCAUACCAGUGUCUCCAAGAGACCGUGGGUCCGUUUGUAGUCACCAUGGUGACUUAAUAGGAUAAUCUGCUUUUCCACAGAAGUGGGCUUUGCCUAUUAUUAGAAGGCCAAAAUGAUUACUUGUACCCACCCAAAGUACCUACUGAAGUACCUUGCAAGGUCUCAUAGUGGUGCUAAUGGCCAAAGAAGAAGUACUUGCAAAGAGCAGAUCUGUAGUCCAGUAUGUUUGGGAAUCUAAAGGACUGGUUUCACAGAUCUCUCCAGAAAGUGAUUUAUUUAUUUAUUUUGAAAUGGGACAGUGUUCCUUGCCUGGGACUAAGUCUCAAACUAUUUGUUUUGCCUUGUAGGAAUACUUAAUUCAAAUAUAGAUGUGCACUUGCACUGCUGGAAGUGUUUGACUAUAGUUCUCCAGAGCUGGGUCAAACUUCUUUUUACCCAUUGUUGGCUUUUAAAACCACAUCUGUUGAACGAACACAAGCCCAGUGUCUUCAACCCUCACUAUACUGCCAAAAUCUGUUUGCGGAAGGAGUAUUUAACAUCCUCAAGAAAAUUAAUAUUAAACUUGAAUAUGACAUUUGGGGAAGGAGGACUAGUAAUAAACAUUGUUUGAAUGUAAUCUGUUGACGUCUUCUAUACAGAUUGCUGCUCUGAAACAUUUCAAUAUGAGUGAAUGCUGUAACACUGAAUGUAUUGGUUGUUUGACGUGUAUUUAAUUGCAAGCAGCUUUCUCUUGAACCUUGUGGCAUGGGGGUCAGCACCUCAUCUGUGCCCUUUUAUUACACAUAUGAAGAGAAAAAGUAAAUUUCACACAUGCUCGAUGCCCUGGUGUUUUCUUAUGUAUGCAUCUUGAAAUUUCUAUUCCAACUCAAUGAUUGUAUGAGAAAAGUUGUAUAUUUAACAGAUGAAAAAUAAAAUUUGGGAAAUUUGAA